GCGGCGACGCGCCCGCCCGGCCCCCUCCCCCGGCGCCGGCCAAGUGAGGCGGUGAUGCGGGCGCUGGCGGCCUGGGCUGCGCCGAGAGCGGAGACACAGGCUCAAGAUGGCAGAUUCCCACUGAGGCUGAGGGGGCCGAGCUCGCGCGCCGCGUUCCCUUCUCCGUUGCCAUGAACCGCGGACACCCCGGCCCCGAUGGCCCCCGUGUACGAAGGUAUGGCCUCACAUGUGCAAGUUUUCUCCCCUCACACCCUUCAAUCAAGUGCCUUCUGUAGUGUGAAGAAACUAAAAGUAGAGCCAAGUUCCAACUGGGACAUGACUGGGUACGGCUCCCACAGCAAAGUGUACAGCCAGAGCAAGAACAUACCACCUUCUCAGCCAGCCUCCACAACCGUCAGCACCUCCUUGCCAAUCCCCAACCCAAGCCUACCUUACGAGCAGACCAUCAUCUUCCCAGGAAGUACUGGACACAUAGUUGUAACAUCAGCAAGUAGCACUUCUGUCACCGGGCAAGUCCUCGGUGGACCACAUAACCUAAUGCGUCGAAGCACUGUGAGCCUCCUUGACACCUACCAAAAAUGUGGACUCAAGCGCAAGAGUGAGGAGAUUGAGAACACAAGCAGCGUGCAGAUCAUUGAAGAGCAUCCACCCAUGAUUCAGAAUAAUGCCAGCGGGGCCACUGUAGCCACUGCCACCACAUCCACUGCCACCUCCAAAAACAGUGGCUCCAACAGUGAAGGGGACUAUCAGCUGGUGCAGCAUGAAGUACUGUGCUCCAUGACCAACACCUAUGAGGUUUUAGAGUUCUUGGGGCGAGGGACAUUUGGGCAAGUGGUCAAGUGCUGGAAACGGGGCACCAAUGAAAUUGUGGCCAUUAAGAUCCUCAAGAACCACCCCUCCUAUGCCCGGCAAGGCCAGAUUGAAGUGAGCAUCUUGGCCCGGCUGAGCACGGAGAGCGCUGAUGACUACAAUUUUGUGCGGGCCUAUGAGUGCUUCCAGCACAAGAACCACACGUGCUUAGUCUUUGAGAUGUUGGAGCAGAACCUUUAUGACUUUCUGAAACAGAACAAGUUUAGUCCCUUGCCCCUCAAGUAUAUUCGCCCAGUCCUCCAGCAGGUAGCCACAGCCCUGAUGAAACUCAAAAGCCUGGGUCUUAUCCAUGCUGACCUCAAACCAGAAAACAUCAUGCUGGUGGAUCCAUCCAGACAACCGUACCGAGUAAAGGUCAUUGACUUUGGUUCAGCUAGUCAUGUGUCCAAAGCUGUCUGCUCUACGUACUUGCAAUCCAGAUACUACCGGGCCCCUGAGAUCAUCCUUGGUUUGCCAUUCUGUGAGGCAAUUGACAUGUGGUCCCUUGGUUGUGUCAUUGCUGAACUGUUCCUGGGCUGGCCAUUAUACCCAGGUGCUUCUGAGUAUGAUCAGAUGAUAUACUGCGGCUCUUACUCACCUGUCCCCGCUUACUUCCAGGUGAACAUGACAACUGAUUUGGAAGGGAGUGACAUGUUAGUAGAGAAGGCAGACCGACGGGAGUUCAUUGACCUGUUAAAGAAGAUGCUGACCAUAGAUGCUGAUAAGAGAAUCACUCCCAUUGAAACUCUGAACCACCCCUUUGUCACCAUGACACAUCUGCUUGAUUUUCCCCAUAGUACUCAUGUCAAAUCUUGUUUCCAAAACAUGGAGAUUUGCAAGCGCCGGGUGAAUAUGUAUGACACAGUGAACCAGAGCAAAACACCUUUCAUCACUCACGUGGCCCCCAGCACAUCCACCAACUUGACCAUGACCUUUAACAACCAGCUGACCACUGUCCACAACCAGGCUCCCACCACCUCCAGUGCCACUCUUUCCUUAGCCAAUCCCGAAGUCUCCAUACUAAACUACCAAUCUGCACUCUACCAGCCCUCAGCGGCAUCCAUGGCCGCAGUGGCCCCGCGGAGCAUGCCCCUGCAGACGGGAACAGCCCAAAUUUGUGCCCGACCUGACCCCUUCCAGCAAGCUCUCAUCGUGUGUCCCCCUGGCUUCCAAGGCCUGCAGGCCUCUCCCUCCAAGCACGCUGGCUACUCAGUGCGGAUGGAAAAUGCUGUCCCCAUCGUCACCCAGGCUCCAGGAGCUCAGCCUCUUCAGAUCCAACCAGGCCUGCUUGCUCAGCAGGCCUGGCCAGGUGGGGCUCAACAGAUCCUACUUCCUCCAGCAUGGCAGCAGCUGACUGGCGUGGCCACCCACACAUCUGUACAGCAUGCAGCUGUGAUUCCUGAGACCAUGGCAGGCACUCAGCAACUGGCUGACUGGAGGAACACGCAUGCUCAUGGAAGUCAUUACAAUCCCAUCAUGCAGCAGCCUGCACUCUUGACUGGUCAUGUGACCCUUCCAGCUGCCCAGCCCUUAAAUGUGGGUGUGGCCCAUGUGAUGAGGCAACAACCAACCAGCACCACCUCCUCCAGGAAGAGUAAGCAGCACCAGUCAUCUGUGAGAAAUGUCUCCACCUGUGAGGUGACCUCUUCACAGGCUAUCAGCUCCCCUCAGCGAUCCAAGCGUGUCAAGGAGAACACUCCCCCACGGUGCGCCAUGGUACACAGCAGCCCAGCUUGCAGCACCUCAGUCACCUGUGGGUGGGGCGACGUGGCCUCCAGCACCACCAGGGAGCGACAGCGGCAGACGAUUGUCAUCCCCGACACCCCGAGCCCCACAGUCAGUGUCAUCACCAUCAGCAGUGACACCGAUGAAGAGGAGGAGCAGAAGCACGCCCCCACCAGCACAGUCUCCAAGCAAAGAAAAAAUGUCAUCAGCUGUGUCACAGUCCACGACUCCCCCUACUCUGACUCCUCCAGCAACACCAGCCCCUACUCGGUGCAGCAGCGCACAGGGCACAACGGCACCAACACCUUGGACACCAAGGGGGGCCCAGAGAAUCACUGCACCGGCAACCCCCGCACCAUCAUCGUACCCCCACUGAAGACCCAGGCCAGUGAAGUGUUGGUAGAAUGUGACAGCCUAGGGCCAGCAAUCAGUGCCAGUCACCAUUCGUCCUCCUUCAAGUGCAAGUCCUCCAGCACCGUGACCUCCACCAGUGGACACUCUUCAGGGAGCUCUUCAGGAGCCAUCGCCUACCGUCAGCAGCGGCCAGGCCCCCACUUCCAGCAGCAGCAGCCCCUCAAUCUCAGCCAGGCCCAGCAGCACAUGGCUGCGGACCGCACCGGGAGUCACCGUCGACAGCAAGCCUACAUCACUCCUACCAUGGCGCAAGCUCCGUACACCUUCCCGCACAACAGCCCCAGCCAUGGCACUGUUCACCCCCACCUGGCUGCGGCUGCCCACCUCCCCACCCAGCCUCACCUCUACACCUAUACAGCGCCCACAGCCCUAGGCUCCACCGGCACUGUAGCCCACCUGGUGGCAUCCCAAGGCUCAGCACGCCACACCGUGCAGCACACUGCCUAUCCGGCCAGCAUCGUCCACCAGGUCCCUGUGAGCAUGGGGCCCCGGGUCCUGCCCUCGCCCACCAUCCACCCCAGUCAGUAUCCGGCCCAGUUUGCCCACCAGACCUAUAUCAGCGCCUCGCCAGCCUCCACCGUCUACACUGGAUACCCACUGAGUCCUGCCAAGGUCAACCAAUACCCUUACAUAUAAACACUGGAGGAGGCCUGCCAGGGAGGAGGGUGGAGGAGCUCCCAGGCCGACCUGGAGAGCUGGGAUUUUUCUACUGCAGGUGCCGCACACAAACAAUGCAAAUGGGGCAGGGAGGGGGGCAGUCGGGGCACAAAUGAAACUUGAACUAGGAAGUGGGAGGACUUAGAGCGGAGAAGAGACCAUUGUAAAAGGAGGGGUAAGGAGGGGAAAUCUAUGCUUUUUAUUUUAAAAAAGAAAAAGGAAAAAAAGAAAAAGAAAAAUGUUAGUAACAAAAGAGGACAAAAAGAAAAAACACAGCUCACAACCCAUUCUGCACCAAACCGGAAGGAGAAGAGGCGCGAAGGAGCCUGGAGCAAGGGGCCCCAGCUUUUUGAAGAACUUUAUGAACUUUUUAAAGAUUAUUUUCAUAUGGCAGCAAGUGACAUUGAAGAACUUGCUGUCAGGGACACCUGAUAUGGAAGUCCAAUAGAUUUUUAAUUAAUUGAACAUAAAAAUUAGGGAUUUUCCCAGAACUCCAAAAAAGGGUCAACAUCCCUUUCAAAUAUCAGGCUAUGGCCUGAAAAGGCUCAUAUUUGGGGGUUGGUCUGGGGUUGGCAAAGCCCAGUUCUGACUUAUUUGUCAGAAAUAGCGGGGUCAGCUAAACUAAUGGAAGAUUCCCCCAGAAGAAGGGCGGGGCUCCUCUUUUGGAGCAUUCUGGGUAAAUCCCUAAGCAAUGUUAUUCCUCAGAUGUCAUUAAUUAUGUAUGUUGCAGUCUUUAGUUUUUUUCUUUUCUGAGACUUUCUUUUCUCUUUGGAUCAACCCCUAGUCGUGUAGCACAGGCUAGUGGUUGUCCUGGACACCUUAGAAGAAUGUAGCACUGCACCCUUGUUUCCUACCUUGUGUUCAACUCCAGUGAUACCAAUAGACUAGUCCUCACUAUAAUUGCACAAACAAAGUGAUUUAACAUAGGCAUGGAACCAAUGUGGUAGUCCAGGUGAUCGAGUGAGUGUGCGAGCACGUGUGGGUGUGACCGGGGCUGCCACCCUCCCCGUGUGUCCCUUGGCACCGCCGGCCGUCACAGCCCUUGCAGUCUUGAUUUUACAUCAUUCCCUCCUAGUGCCUUAACGACUGACAGACAGAGACAUGGCAAAGGGUUUACUUCCACUGGUAUUCCAAGAAACUGGUCGGGGCUGGUCGGAUGUUCUCAGCUCUUGUGUAAGCUGUUGUAAUAUUUUACUUGGGUCUUUAUGGUUUUUUCAUUGUUUUAAUGUCAUGUGGAUUGUCUUUCCUGGGCUCUUUGUGAGCAGAAGGAUUUCAGAGAAGCUCGCAUAAUGAAAAGGGGAGACUCAUGGAUCUCACGAGGGACGUGGGCGCCGUAUGGUGAGGCACACUGGUGACAGCUGGCUCUUUCGGUGAGUUUUACUUUGAGAGUGGAGAUCUAGAGAGACUCCUCACCCUGCCCUAGCUGUGCCAUGGAUGGCGCUAGGGAGUCUUAGGAAUGGCAGCUUUGCCAGGCAGCUGCCUCAGUCCCCAAGCCCACCACCUCCUUCUUAGAGCCUUACAGGGAGAGGGCAGGAGAUGUUACCUCCUCAGUCCCUCCCUCCUGCACGAAGCCUGGUAGUCUCAGACACACCCACAUCUCUCUCCACCAGCUCAGGAGCUAGGCAGGCUCCUAGUUUGGCCAGCUCUCUCCCACUGCAGACCCACUGGUAAGUCUGCUGUCACGUCUGUCCUGAAAUUAACCUAGCUCUCCCUAGACAGUUUGAUCUCUGCCUGUGAGAGAGAGAAUGAGCUGAGGGCUGGAGGGACACUAGCGGGGUGGCCAGAGAUCCAUUGCACUGAGAAAACACUGCCGUGGACAACUAAGGCUCCAAAGAAACCCACCCUGAGCCCGUGCACCUUUGCUGCAGCCUGCAGACUCUCUCCAGCCUUGAACAGUGCAGUGAGCGGGUAGGAGUUCUCUGUCCUACCAAGAAACUCUGCAGCCGUUGAUGUUAGAGACAUGUCAGGUCCAGGACGGGGUGAAUUGUUUGAUCCUGAUGUGAGUCCUAGCUGGCUUUUUAUCCACAUCAUCAGGUACAAAGAGGUCUCUGGUCAGCAGUCCAGCAUCCUCCAGUCCCCCUCCCUUUCCUCCCUCUUUAGGCCCUGAUCAAUCUACUGUGAAAGGCCCUCCUCAUGAUAGCUGUCCUCCUUCAGUAACAAAGCUUACUUAGCUUUUAGCUGUGAAGAACUCUGGAAACUUGCCCAACUUUUAAUUCUUAUAAAGUCCCUAAACUGGAUGUGUCUCAGUGUACCCUGGGCCAAAAAGAAGAUACGCUAGACUUGGGCAUGGUGUGACCCACUCCAGCCGAGGGCUCACUGGGAGUGGACUGGAUGAUGCUGGCCUGUGGUAGAGCGCUCCAUUUUUCUCUUCCUGGUCAGAAUCAUGUUAUUCCAAGAUCAGCUCUGGCUGGAAGUGAGAGAGCAGGAAAGCCAUCCAUUCGGAGAGGGAUACGGAGCAAAGCCUGCCAGGGCCUCUGCAGCAUGGAAUUCUGUCACAGGCGUCUCUAGCAGCUAGAUGGCAGCAUUUCCCAUGGGGCUGUCUCAUACUAAGUCACCAUACUAAGUCGCAGCUGACAGUGGGCCUGGCUUGCCCUGCCAUGGGCAACACCUGGAAGGCCAGCACUCUCUGGAGCUGGCCUCAGGGGAGAGCCGAGCUCGCCCUUCAUCUCCUCCUGUCUGCUUGCGCCGAAGCUUCUCCCUCUUCCACACGUCCUUCCCUUUCUCUUCCAGACCAGGAAUGAGUGUUCCUUGCUGCUCAUAAAGUUAGUAUUGUACUGACUGUUUGCGUUAUUGCCACUGUAAUUAUGAUUAUUAUCACCUUGUUGCUAUUUUAGUCAGGGUUUGAAGUAUACAUUUAUUCCAGGUAUCUUUGUGUUUUCUUCAUAAUAUUUAAAUUUAUUUUAUUCUUGCUGUGUGUAUAUGAGUAGACUGGAGGGACAUAUAGAUUAGAUGCCUGAUCUUGUCAAAGGAAAGAAAAGGAAAAAGAAAAAUAGGUAAAAUAAGAAAAGGCCCAGGAAUUAGGAAAAAUUGUUUCUAUCAGCUCUGUUCCUCAAAGAAAGACCUACCCUACCACAGAGCAGAGAUUUGGAUACACUGGCGCCUUCCCUUCUGUGGUACAAAGCCACUGUCAGUGCUGUGUCUUUUGGACCCUUUGGCAGCUUCUCUCACAUCCUCUGUGCUCUCCUCCAGGUGUGAACUACUGACGAGAUUUUAACCUGCCUCGCAUCUGACAUGUAGCAUAAAAGGCCCCUCUCUCAAAGCUUCCACUAACCCCGCCCUGUCCCUUCACUAUUCCCAUUAACAUACUUGGAGUGUGGCUUAUCUCCCUCAAUGCAGAGACAGUGGUCCCACCUGGAGGCCAUUAGGUACAGUGAGGGUAAUGGGCACAGUGUUCCUGUGAGAUAGUUCCCUCGUCUGCUCUUCCCCAGGCAAAUCGUCCCAGCUCCCAAUUCUAGGGACACGAGACAGUCUCACGGGAAGGACCUCUUCUAAAUCACUGGCAAGUGAAGGGCACAUGGCACCUUUUAGGCCACCCUGCUUCUGAGCUGUGGCUGUGCCCUGCCUGCACUGUGAUGAUAUGUGUGUGUUCACCCCACUACCAGGCAGAAACAACCAGGCCCCCAGUGAAGAAAGGAUUGGAGCAAUAGCUUCUCCAAACAGAAGACAGCCGCUCUGCAAACCUCAUCCCACAACCACCACCACCCCCCACCCCCCGCUAUGAUCUCAAGUCCCAUAUUCAGAGCUGAUGCAUCAGGAGUAACACAGAAUCCCAGCUAGUUAGCAUCCUCACUAAGUUCCCACUGAGGUGCUCAGCACUGCAUCCCUUUACAAAGAAGAUGGAAGAAAGGCUGCUGCCCUUGGGACUAUACUCUCAGGGGAAGGAGGGCCGCUUAGUCCUUACUAGACCAUGUGUCCCUGGUGCAUCCUCUGGGUUCUUCUUUAAUGAAGAUAAACUGCUCGGCAUGAGGAUGAUGAAUUCAGCUCAGGUCUGAAAUCAGUCUGUGGUACCUUGUGACCCUCAGGUCAGCAGACUGCUGCUGCUCGCUGGUGCUUCCUGGGCCCUGGCACCCAUGUCUCUGUUCGUGCGGCGGGGUGAUGUUUUAGAAAAGUGGAUAAGGAGCAGGCCAGUAGGCAAGGCUUGUGUUAGUGCCAGUUAGCCCUGUGAAAUGUUGGAUGUUUGAUGUGAUUCAGAGGGAAAGGGGCUGGGGUGGCCCAGUGUCCCUGACGGUAUUACGUUCCCCCUUCCUCGUAACAAAGUUAUUUGCAGCUGUACAAGCCAGCCUGGCUUGGUUCUCUUUGUCUAAGAACUGGAACUGAGCAGCCAGCGUAGAGCAGGUCAGGAAGGGAGGUUAACCCAGCAGACAGGAGCUCCCUGGACUGGGUCUCAGAUGUUGCAAACACUCAUUUUGAACAGUGUGUGGUGGAGGAGUGGGUUGGGUGAUGUGAGUGGAGUUUAUGUUCUUGGAAACCAGAGUGAGGUGCCUAGGAGGCUUAGGGAAGUAUUGCUGCUGGUUCAUGAUGACGAUGGUGACUGGGUUCCCACCUGCCCCUCCCUCCCCCCCCCCCAGGUUCUCAACAUCUGGCUAAGGGAGGGUAGGGUGUGGGCGUGGCUCUUGCUGGCCUGCCAAGUAGCUGCUAGGACAGAAAACAGAAAGAAGAUUGCUCUGUGCCCUCAGCUAGCAGACAGAAUUCCAUGAGGCAAGUUCUCCUUUCAUGGCCCAGCCUGAGACUGCACACGUACACACACACACACACACACACACACACACACAAACACACCACCAGCCACUGUAUCACAACACACUCCACCCCAGGUCUCACAGGCUUUGCCCCUCACUCAUGUUUUUCCCUCUUAUUUGCUUUACAAAUUUUCAGUGGAGAAGCCUAAAGAUUAAGCAAGCCUGAGAUGUCCUUACCAAAUUGGAAAGGAAAAGAAAGCUGUCCCUUUCUAUAGCCAAAGAACCCUCACAAAGACAUCUCUGGAGAUGGACAGAUGCAUUCCCUGUCCUUCCUGGGCAAUAAUGACUUCAGUGACCUUCCAUUCACCUUUCCUUUCUAUCCUGCCUUUUUGUUUUUUUCAUUGCAGUUAUUUCAAAACCACUCAUCUUCAAAGAGGAGUGGAGUAGUGGCCCUAAAUGUUGCUACUCCAAGGAACUGAUAUCCCUCUAGCACUCCUUUGUGAUUAAUUGAUCGCAUGCUACUGUGGGCAGCUAGAAAACAAGCGAGCAACCUUCUCUGAUGACCCCACACUGUAUCCCAGGCUGAGAAUGUGCAGGACGGGCUGGCCAUGGCAGUAUCCGCCCACUCGCCUUAGUCUCCACAAACAGACUCAGACAAGUCCGUCAAAGCCACUAGACAACCAAAGAUGGCAAGAUAAGGCUUAAUUGCAAAAGGAACCUCAUGAACUUUGGCACUAAGGCUCACUGUAGGAACCGCCCGAGGAAAGGUUUCCCCGAGUCUUUGGGGUAGCUCCUGAGAAGUAGCUCCAACCAAUCUCUUCCCUUCUGACUCAGAGCUGCGAGAAAAGAGAUCCUGGAGGUUCCCUGUCACAGAACCCCCAUGCUUCCUGGCUUCUAAGCUAGAACCCCUCCCUGCCCCAAUCCUUUGAGUGUCCCUCAUCACAGACCCAUCCAGGAGGACAUUAUACUAAUCGUCUCUUGCUGCACAAGAGCGGUGUCCCUCAUGGAAGGACUCACUGACAUUUGUUGAGUAUCCACACAUAGUAUGCCAAGCCCUUUCUCGGUGUCCUCUCAGAGAUCCAUCCCUGGGAAGAAGUCAACACCCACUAUGUGACAGAUAGAAAAGCUGGCCCUCUGAGGAAGUGGCAUGUGUGAAAGGGGAACACAAUGCAUCUCAGAGCCCCCAGGUUCCUGGUCCUGGUUUUCUUAAUCCGAUGCUCCCACACCCUGUAUGCCAAACACUGUGCUAAGAAUUGCUGACAAGCCGUGCAGGACCUGUGCAGAGGAGGCAUCUGGCUUGCAGACCCCGGGACCUGUCCAGGCCACCAGCUAAUAAGAAGGGAAGUCAGGGCUUGACAUUCUGUCUGCUUGGCUCUAGAGCUGAGCUCACACACCAGCCUCAGCUGCCUCCCUUGUAUAACAAGGACAGUCCUUUGCAGAAUGUCACACCCUGCCUACGGCCGUGUGACAGUGGACUUCAGCAGGUAUGUGCAAAGAGGGUUCCUGGAUUGAUUGGAUGCAGGUGAAAGAGGCAGAGUUUGACAUUAAGAAAAGUCUCUGGGAAGUUCCUAGGGAUUCCUGGAAUUCCUGUUUCUAGCAACUAGCUUUAGCCACUCAGGCUGCUGCAGCUCCCAUGAGAGUGCAGGGAAGGUGUUCUUUCUUUUAAAUAAAUACAUAAAGAUGAUUUUUUUUCUUGCUUAUAGUUAAUCUUAGGAAGGCAAUACUAAAAGUAUAUAUUUUUUUUCCAAAAUGCUAUUUUUUACUGUACUUGAUAAAUAUCAUGACAGCUCUGAUCUCUGUAAUAGGCCCACUCUUCAGCUCUGCACAGAACCGGAAGCCAGGUUCACGCCAAAUUUGUAAAUACCAUGUGGGUCUGUGUCCAGGAACUUCUGUUUUCUAUGAAGAAACAGACAAAAAAACAAAAAAACAAAACAAAAAAAAAACAAACAAAAACAAAAAAAGGGGAGGGGGUAAAGGCAAGAGGACUUUUGGGAAGAGAACAAAAUUGAAUUUUCUUGCAGGAAACGCCCUUCUCAAAGAGAAGGACAACAGCAAAAAUGGGCAGAGCAGCCGCAGGAUGGGAGGAGGAGGCGGGCCCAUGGCGGCGGGGCCAUGGCGGAGGCAGCGUUGAGAGUGCUGUGCUAGAAGCUUCGGUUCAUCUAGAAAUGCUUUAGGGCUAGGCUUUAACUUCUUCAAACUCUGUUUUGGGUGGGUUUCUUGUUUCUCUUGUAAAAAUGUCUGUACUGACUGGCUCCAGGCUUGUUUGCCUAAAUUCUUAGGUGGUUUACACAAGUUCUCAAUUCUUGUAGAACUUUAAAUCCAUUGGAAGCAAACCCAGCCAGUGUAGAGCUGAGGUCCUGGCUGGUGUCAGUAGGUGUUCUGGAACCCAGGCAGAGCACCUAACAAAGUCUUCAGAAGGUUUUAGCUAUCUUACACAAACUGUGACCCUAAUGGCAAUAAUUACCUCAAAUGUGGGCAUUCGUCCUGGCCUAGCCUUUUUUGAAAUCAUGUAGCCAGCUUGAUCUUGUGAUUUCAAAGACAAUGAAUUGUUCCCUGUGGGCUGAAAGUAAGGAUUAAUGCAUACCCUGGUCACUGUUGCCUAAAGGAAUUCUGAGAAUAGAAUUCUCAUCAUUACACCAGAAGUGAAACCAAGAAGAGAUGAGUCUGUGUGUCAUAAUCAGCAUGCUGUUCAAGUGCAGAGAGCAUGUUUCUCUAUGGUAACGUGCCCUCUGAUUUCUCCACUAUCAAGUAAAUGACACAAUUGACUGUAGAUACUCAUACAUACUUCUGGCUACAUUUUAUAGUUAAAGUAUUUUAUAGUUUACAUUUAAUCUGGUACUUUUUAAAAAGAAAAUUGUUUAUAACUGACAUCUUCAACCACAGCGAUUGACUGGCUCUUGUGUUUGAAGCUGCCUCCCCAAGGCAGGCAUGUUCCACUCAUGCUGUGCCGCAGCCUGAUGCAUGUGUUUCCCUUAUUGUUGCUUUCCAGUGAACCUGAAAGAAUGUGAAAGGAAGUCAAGAGGGAAUGGGAAAGGGCGAGUCCUGAACCUGGGCCAUCCGCAGAGUCCGGUGCCGUGUGUGCCAGAGCUUGGAGGGGCGGUGACCCUGAUCCCCGCCUCACCAACACUGUCUUGAUAUGAAUGCUUCCUUUGUGACCAGGCCACUCACCUGGCAGUAGGCGAUGCCGGCACUCAGCAGCUCUGCAGGUAUGGAUGCUGCUCCUGGGUCCGCAGUGAACCUUGGUCAGCAUUUUGAGAGGAAGAACCAUACCCCUGUGCCCAUGUUCACUGGCUGGAUUUUCUACAUGUUGCUGGUUUUAUCAGGGUUUUUUUUCUUUAAAACAAACCCCAUGUAAAAUAAUGUGUAUUUUAAUUCACCCAUUGCCUGGCUAAGAUGUGAAACUCAGUUCAGAAGAUGGCUUCAGAGCCAAAGGGCUGGGGUGGGCAGUGCAGGAUGGUCCUGGAGACUCGGUCCACAGAGGGCUUUGCAGGGAUGGAAGCAGGCUUCAGAGACAUGAGCAAGAGAAGACAGGAAAUGUCAAUGUCCCUGACAGUUUUGUAAGGUUUGGGUUGGGUUUUACUGGGGUAUUUUGUUAUGUUGUGUCUUUCAACAGGUUCUUACCAUGUAUCCCUGGCUGGUCUUGAACUCACAAUGUGAACUGGGUUUUGUUUGGUUUUGGUUUUCUCUUGUGCCACCACUGAACUGUGGAGGACCCGUGGCGACCUGUGGUGACUCCUCACCGCCCAUGUUUGCUAUGCGCUCACAGCAUGCUCUUGUGUCUGUUGAAUGUCCUUGUAGAAUGUUGUUCUCAUGCUUCUUAGUCAUAUCCUAGGCGUGUGUGUGUGUGUGUGUGUGUGUGUGUGUGAUUUGCUUUGCACUAAUAAACCAAAUGAAUUUUGUCUCAUUGUCUUUGAAGCUAACCCAUGUUUUUAAAAGUGAGAGGUAUGGAAAUGGGCUUUUCAUUAUUAUUUGAAAAGUAAAUUCACUGUAGCAUAAAAAUAAAAAGGGCUCUGCUGUCUUCUCUUUAGUUCCCUCUCAACCAAUUUCCAAAUGACUCUCCUGGCCCCAUCCCCACCUCUGGCUCCCCACCGCAGAUCCAUGCUCAGGCACUCAGGAUUACCAGAAAGCUCAGCUCUGGGAGCCAUGCCCCUGCUCGCUGCCUGCCUGCCUGCCCGCCCACCCAGCUGUUGGUCCAUGGAUUGCUCACGUUGUCAGUACUCUGGCUCAGGUUAUGAGGAAGGACGUGGAAGUUGAAAGAGACUUAACUGUGCCAUCCUCUAGCUUUCUAUGACUCUCACACACACACACACCAUGUGCCCUUCAGAGCAGAAGUCCUAUUCACACUGCCUCCAAGUCUUUUGGCUUCCUGCCCUCCACAUCCCUCUCUCUUGUGUUACUGCCCAUUUAACGCUGGCUUUCUCCCAUGGGUUACCUAGGGCACAAUCAUUUAUAGCCCCCAAAGCACCCUUCACCCCUUUAAGUGUGUAUUUUAACCAAAUGAAGUUGACAAGAAAGACAUAUGUUGGGGCUGCAGGAUUCCUAGUGUAGUAGAAGCAUUGUAUAGAUAGAGAUGUUGAUAUAUAUGUUUGUGUAUAUAUAUAUCAAGCCAAAUUUCUGAUAGAAAAGUAUAGCUUUAUGGAUGAGAAGGAAAAGGAGCCCUCUAGAGGUUGGAGCCAGCCUCGACGUGUCCAAUGAGCGAGACACACCGUGCUUCACGCGCAGCUAAGGCCCCAGGACCCGGCCCUGGCCUCACCUCUGCAAAGCUGGGGGGCCCCCGAGGGCUCUGCUGCUCUCUGUGGGUCCCCAGCAGUGAAGGCAUAGGAGAGUGAGGAGACAGAGAUCGUAAGGACUGGAAUCCUUCAUCCCUUUCUGCUCUGGCCACCUGCUUUGAGCUACAGCCUGAUUAUAUCACAUUUCCAAAAAGUAGUGCCACGAAGAUGGCGAGAGAGAUCUGUCACAAUGCUUAGCUUUCGACUGCCUGUGGCUUCAGGAUGCUCAGGACAGAAAGACACACUCCCCAAAACAAGAACAUGGAGAAGGAGACCUGGCAGUCCCCAUCCCCAAGGCCAAGGAAUGAGGCUCCUCCCCCAGGCCAUCUCACCUAGAUCUUUCUCUACCAGGUCAUCUCAGCUCAGUCUUGAUAACCUCUGGAAAGCCCUGGCCUGUCGUGUUCCUUCACUGUGUGGUUUCUGUAAUAAAGUGUUAAUCCAUGUUAACCUGUGUGGGGAUUAUUGCGUGCAACAGUAUUUUCUCGUGUACCUCUUUCUCCUCUGUGACGUGUCCCUCUUUUUUUUUUUUUUUUUUAUAAAUGUCUAAUUUGUUUGUUUUUUUUUUUUUUUAAGGACAAACCAGUGUGUCGUAGACCUCUCUGUAACCUGCUCCUUAGUCUCAUUAUAGGUAUAAGGAUGGAUAUUUUACUUGGCUUUAGAAUGUUUUUCAAGAAAACUAAUUCUUAACUGAUGAAGUUGUUGCUACUAAAAUGCUUGUUUUCAUCAUGACGUCGUGCGCUUCUAAAUUAAUCAUCAUUUUCGUUGUAGAAAAAUGGAGUGAAUUUAUAUUAGUCUUGGAAACUAAUAAUAGCAUUGUAAAUUUAUGAGAUGAUUUUAACAGAAAAAUUAUAGAAGAAUAUAGUUAUUUUAAUUGUAAUAUUACUAACUGUAGGGUGAGGCGAGGUCCUGUUGUGGUGAACUGUUAUAGCUUGUUACUCAGUUUCUUUUUGAUCAUUUUCUCGGUCUCUGAGGUGAAGCGAGUUAUUAAUUGAAUCUGUAAACUCACAUAUGCAUAUUGUAUAUGUGUAGCGAUGUGAUCACACUGUCUUGGAAUUACAUUAAACUGUUUGGAAUCACUGAA